AUGAAGAAACUGUCGUUGCAAUAUAUGAUUUACAGGCAGUUAUGCCUGUACCUAUUGAAAUUUCUGAAAGAGACUGCCGAACGUUAUCCAAAUAGCAAUAUAAUAUUCUACUCUGACAACUGCUGUGGUCAGCAGAAAAACAGAUUCCUGGUUGGCAUGUAUUAUUACGCCGUUGAAACUCUUCCAAUAAAAUCGAUUACCCAUAAAUAUUUGAUUCGUGGCCACACACAAAAUGAGGGUGACAAUGUUUCUUCGCUAAUCGAAAAGUCAAUUAAAAGAGCAAAAAGUCUGGUCCUAUCUAAAUUCCUUACCAGUAUGUUCAACUUAUACGAGACUCAAAGAAAACUGGAAAUGCUUUUGUAG